AUUGAAGGCAGUGUAGGUCAGUAGCGGUCAACGCAAGAACGUCCUCCUGACGUUACUCUGCAUGCCCCACUAGUACACAAAGUACCUCCUGACCUGAUGCGAUCCGCUACAUAAUGGUCUUCCAAACUUCUGGAUGUAGACGAAGCCUAUUUUUAAUUUAUCGGCAUCUCAAUGUUACUUUAUAAAUGUCACAAAAGCAGAUGCUUGUUUGUGCUUUGUAUGAUUAUAACCGUCAACAUACCGAUGAGCUUUCAUUUAAAAAAGGCGACGUACUAAGAGUUUUGAAACAAUUAGAGGGUGGUUGGUGGGAAGGUAGUUUGAAUGGAUUCGUUGGCUGGUUUCCUAGUAACUAUGUGACAUAUGCUACCAGUCCAGAUGAGAAGGGUAAUCCCACUACUGAUGAAGGUUCGUUGAUGCACUUACAAAACUUUCAAAACGAGAUUAUACAACAUGUUUUAGAAGGUGAAUUAAGACAAGUUAGUGAACUAUCUCAGUUAUUGUCAGUAUUUAUGAUUAACCUGGAGCCUCUACUUCACUUAUCAUUCUUGAACAAACUCGUCAAUUUAAGAGACAUAUUAUUUCAAAUAAUUAGUAUACAUCAACAUUUGGCCUCGGCUUUAACAGAAAUGAAAUGUACACAUGGACCGAAAUGUAUGGGUCGGCUAUUUUUAGAUUUUGCUCCAGCAAUUAACGCAGUCGGGUGUGAUUAUUCAAAAAUUUAUUUACAUGUUAUAACAGGAUUAGAAGAGCAUAUUACAGAAGUAACAAAAUAUAUGAGUUCAUUUAAUAUUAAAUUACAAUUGGUCCAUUGUAAGCAACAACUCACUCUUAUAUUUGAACGUUUGGGUCGUUAUCCUUUACUUUUAAAAGAGAUGGAACGCUAUUUAGAGGAGCCACAUGUUGAUCGACCCGACAUUCUUCAUGCAAUGAAUGUUUAUAGUGAAAUAACGGAAAGGUGUGCAAUCCUUAGAAAAUUUAAAGAGUAUGAUAUCAAUGUAUUACUGUCAGUAAUAAAUGGAUGGCGAGGACCGCCUAUACAACAACUUGGUGACCCAAUUCUCACUCUACGUGUUCUCCUAGUUAACAUACAAGUAAACCAAUCAAUGAUAACCCUACCAGAUUUCAUCCAUAUAAAUGAUAUAUUAACAAGAAAAACACAAUUAUCAUUAUUGGUUAUAUUUCCUACCUGUGUGCUCCUGUUGGCUAGAACAAACCAAACUAAUGUUUACGAUUAUACUGUCAAAAUACCAUUGAACAAUUUGGCUGUGAUUAGAUCUACCGAAAGUGAAACAGAUUUAGAUUUAUUGAUUAAAGAUCUUAAUUCCAUGAAUAUGGAUGUUAUUCCUUGUCAAAUAACACUUGCAUGUACAGAUCAAAAUGCUAGAGAUCUUUUGGUAUCUACAUUAACUGACCUAAUACAAUAUCAGACCCAGAAUGAACAACAGUCACCAGAUAUUGAUCAAUGUCAUACAAAAAAUGAGAGUAUUUCUUUGGACUUCUUCAGUCAACCUGAUUCGAGUAGUUUGGACAAACAUGGAAAUACAUCUCUAAGUUCUUUACCUUUACGAAAGGACACACUAGAUAAUGAAAAGUUAAAAUCAUCAUCAAAAAUAACAAGAGAUGAAAAUAAUCAGAUUGAUCAGCAUCAAUCAACACUGCUGAUGUCGACAUUGUCAAUGAAAGAUCCUCAAAGUUUCAAUUUUCCUCCUGACUCCACUGACAAUUUGGCUGUUCAACACACUUACACAAAAGAUAUUUCUAAAAUAUCCUUUGUCAAUAAUGAUAAUGCUGUAAAAAUCACAGAUAUUUAUAAUUUCAUCAGCAAUUCGACUAACAAUAAUGAUGAUAAUAAACGUCGCUUCUCUUCAUCAUUGAAAAAAAGUAAAGCUCCUAGACCAUUAACUGAACCAUCGAAUAUAUGUGCUGAAGAACUAAACAAUGAAAGUCAACAUCAUCAGUCAUCCGUUAUUGACCCUCAAUCAAAACAAAUCUUCACACCAGUGGAUAAUACCUGCACAGUGGUUCUAACUUCAGAUGUAUUAACAUCAUCUUCAGGCUUACGUUUUUUGCCGCAUAGAAUUGCUACUAAUGCCCAUGUUCUCUGGUUUGAUAUUGAUAAAUCGAUAGUUGGUACACGACAGUCAUAUUCAACAUCGAUUGAUUUGCCUGGUAUUAUUCCUUAUAAAAAUAAUGAACAAUUAUCAUCUGAUAAUGACUUAAUUCAUGCAAUUCAUUGUCUUCGUGUCGAUGGUCCACUAGAUUUUAAUAAAGACGAUAGAAUCGGUUCAGUUAAUGCAUUAAAUAAUUUGGGAUUGCUUAUUGAUCAGAAUAUUCCUGGUCUGUUGCUAGAUUUUUCUAUUUCGCACAAAAAUCAACACAACCGUGUGAGAGCUCAAAGUCCUAAGGUUACCGAUUCAAGUAAGGAAUCACGUCGUAAACGUGGUGAUCGUCAGAAAAGUGCUAUCACUGUAGAAGAUGUAUUACGUUCAACUGGAAAAAUCCAUGAAAAUGAACUUCGAACGGCGGAUGAUACAAAAAUUUUACAAGUUAUUGAAGCAUAUUGCGCUAGUUCAUGGACACAUCCUAGUUAUCGAACAUUGGACUCUGUUAAAAAUGAAUGUCAAAUAGGUGGUCAAGGUAUUCUGUCACCAGUUGAAAGCCGAACAUUAUUACAACAUUUCCAAUAUCCUAAAAAGCCGUCUACAUCAUUUCUAUCCACAUCAUCAUCGGGCAUGCAUUCAAGACAAGAACAAAACUCACAUAUAACAGAUGCUUCCAUAUUUGAGUUGUCUCGACAAAGCUUACCUCUUUCUAUGUUUAGUUCGAAAGCAUCAUUGAAACGAUCUGAAUCAAAGAAUAAAUCACAAACAUGCUUAUCACAAGAUGGUACAGUUUGUUUAAAUCAGAAUGUCGCAGCUAAUGUGAUCAGUUCAAACAGUAAGAUUAUCUCCAGUGUUACAACUAAUACUAGUUGUACCAACUGUACUCCAUGCAAUCCUAAUCGAUCUUCCAGUUAUACGCGUAACAUACAAUGUGAAUCAAUUUUAAAAACAUUUUCACCACCUCCAGUAAUUCUACCAACACACAGUGGUCGACGUUAACCUAAUGAAUUAUCCAUGUUUAUUAUUUUGUGAUCUAUAUUUAUUUACUUCAAUUUCAUCUCUAUCAUUACGGCUUAUUUCAUUAUUUUUAAAUUAAGGCAUUUAGUUAUUUACUUGUUUUGUUAUCGGAUUUAGUAUUUGUCAUUUGUUUAUUAUUAUCAUCAUUUAUUUACUUUUUCUUCUUUUAACACCUAAGCGAUAAUAUUCUCAAUAUCCUUAUAAUUUUCAUCAUUGUUUUUUAUUAAUGAUAAAUACUUGUCUUUUUUGUUCAAGUUAUUGAAUUUGUUUUAUUGUGUAUUCACUAUUAAAUUUAGCUGUUGAUGGUAUUGUUACUACAACAACAACAACAACAACAACUACUACUACUACUACUAUUACCACUAAUAUUACUCCUAGUGAUAUUAUUAUUAUUAUCACUAUUAUCUUUAUUAUUACCUAUACUGGUAACAUUAUUCUAUUAAUAAAGAUUGAAAUCAGUUUCAUAAUUGUUUUUUUUUCUUAUGAAAGUUAAAUUUUUAAAAGUAGUGACAAUUUAUCUAAAAUUCUUUACACACUACUCCAAAGACAAGGAAUAUUUAAAGGUACAAUUGUUCAUAAUAUCUUCAUCAGAUUCUACGAUUAUAGAUUCAUAAUAAAUAUUAUUUCAAUGGAUAUUUAUGUUGUGCUUGAAUUAUACAGUAGUGAAUUAUUAUGUCGAUUACAAUCCAAGUGCAUAUAACAUGUGUCAUCUGUUAAGUUCCACGUUCAUGUAAGAAAA